UCUCUGCGCCCCGCCCCCUCCCCUCUGUCCAAUCACCUAAUCGCUCCGAGUUUCCGGUUACUUUGGGACUUGUUGCUAUGGAGCUCAUACCUCAACAGAUCUCAAGCAUCUUUAGAAGGUUCAUCACCUGCAGAGGGACACGUCAACACAGCUGAAGGAUGCAAGCGGUUGCAGGUCCAGGCGGUGCAGGUCCAGGCGGUGCCCCUCGGUUCUAUCACCAUCGGACCGACGUCUUGGCGCGAUGCGACGCUGCACUCCAUCCGGCGGGCGGAGCGCCUGGUGCGGCAGACUCGAGCCGGUCGGUCCGAGACUUGCAGCCGGCCCCGGAGCUGCAACGCUAGCGGCGCAGCGGAAACGGCAGAAGAUAAGAUCACAGCGGCGGAAUGCGGAGCGAGUCGUGACUGCGAAAAUAAGAUGCAAAGGCCCCAAACCACAGGAGCGAUGUUCCCUCGUGGCUCUCAAAGAACAUCCGUGGCCCCGCUCCCGAGGUCCAGCUGGCGCGAGCAGUGUGCAGGGGCCAGUGUGUCCGUGAUCGGUGAGUACAUGCGGAGGGUGCGGCAGGUGGAGGGCCGGCUGCGCAGGCAGGCCGGCAGGGUGACCCAGGAGGGCGUCAAGCUGGAGAGGGAGAGGGGUAACCUGGAGAGGAUGCUGCACAGCCUCAGGACCGAUCUGACCGUCAACAGGAGGAGCUCGGAGUGGAGGACCAGGAGGCCGUCCGCUGCCGAGACUGAGAGAGAUGGUGCUGAUUCCUUGUUGUCGUGUGAGAGAAGCGAGCUGACCCAGUUGAAACAGGAUCUGGAGAGAGCGCUGACAAACACCCUGAGCCAGCUCCAGGUCGGAGGCAGCAGACAGCUGCUGGACUGUGCCAGUGAGAGGGCUCGUGUCCUGUACCUUCUGCCUCACAGCGGCUCGGCUGGAGGAACCGGCCGGGCUGCUCAGACCGUCAACCAAACAGACCCCGUCAGCCCCGUCACACCCGAAUGUGAACAGGCCUUAGAGGGGUCCUCUUUGACAGUCAACCAAUCACAGCUCUUCAGGGAAACCCUCCGACGGAUGCUGACGAGUGCCGUCGCCAGGCAGAAGGCGGCUCACCGCAGCGUGAACGAUGGCCUGGUGAAAAAGGUUGCAGAGACCGUCAGUCUGCAGCAAAACCUGACGUUGAUGUCCGCGGCCACCAGGCAGGCCGUGUUCCGCAAGCAGAGGGAAGUGAACUGUAUUCGUCAAGUCCACGGCAGACUGCAGGGUCCAGAGUGCAGCGGGGACUUGCAGUGCAGAGAGGAACUCAACAGGCCUCCGGUGCAGGUUUAUCAGAGACAUCCAGGGACACCGUUACCUGAGGCUGCUCGUCUCAUACAGGGCAGCGGCGUGCUGACGCGAUGUCUGACGUCCUGCGAGGGCGAGCUGGCGAGACUGCAACGCGCCUGCCUGCAGCUGCUGGACGACCAGCGCGGCAAGAGAGCGGCGGCUCAAGUGGACGCUGCGGUUGUCCGCAUGAGGCGCCAACAGGUGGACCAGCGAGCCAUUCCUUCUGUCCUCCAGCAGGGGGCGUGCAGAAGCCACCGCCUCCGGUCUUGUAUUCAGUAGGGCUGCUGCAAACAUGCAGUAGAAAAUAAACUACCUCUAUCAACUUAAUCUUUCAAUUUGUAUGCAAAUAUGUUCAGAAGUGCUUUCUUGUUGUGUCUCUGAAACACCCAAAAACCUUUUCUUAAAACAAAACGAUU